UUAUCAUUUUAUUUUAACUUCUUUAAGAAGCUUUUAAUUUUUUUUUCAUCAUGUCACAUUAUACUUUAUUUGCGUGCCUACAUAUUUAAAUAAGUAUUUAUUUACUUGCUACAUUUUAAUUAAUUAAAUACUUUCAUAGUCCACUUGAAAAACAAUUGUGUGUAAAUAUGGAGAUAAUUUAAAUACGUUAAAUGUAUAUAUAUUUGAUUAUGGUUAAAAACUCCCCCGUAUUGGGUUUAGCGGUUAGCGCGAGGACGGAUCCAAUUUCAGUGACGUCGCCCGAAGACGGACCAAUCAGAUCGUCGUAUGCAAAACGACCGUUGAUGACGACGCCAGUUUUUUCUGCCUCUCGUCGGCCGCCAUUUUGGGAGUCAAAACACAGCCAACAAACAAACCGCAGCGCACACCUCCACGCUGCGCUCGUGGGCCUUUUUACUAUGGUUCACACGUGCGUGGUGGCGGGCUGCAGGAACAGAAGGACACCGGGGACGACCUUAUCGUUCUACCGGUUCCCCCGGGACCCCGAGAGGAAGCAGCGCUGGAUAGCCGCCGUGAACCGGGAGGGCUGGGUGCCCAACGACGGCAGUCGGCUGUGCAGCACUCACUUCGUCUCAGGUAAACAGGUGAAGAAUCCUCGGUCUCCGGACUACGUUCCGUCGGUGUUCACGUCGGCGCCCUCGUCCCCGGACAUGAAGGAGCCCGGCGCCCUGGAGGUCCUGGACAAGCAGGAGGCGCGCGUGGAGGCGGCCAACGCCUUGCUGUUCCUGCAGGGCCAGGGCCGGUCCGCGGUGGGGGGGCGGGGCCAGGAGGAGUGUCCCGAGGAGCGGGAGGCCGGCGCCGAGGAAAGCGCGUCCUCCUCCCUCAGCAGCGACGACGACGACGACGAUGACGAGGAGGAAUCCAUGAGCGACAGCAAGAAAGGCCGGUUUGCUCACACGGUUAACUUCGACGAUGUCCUGCGGGUCCUGAAGAAGGAGAACCAGACCCUCAGGGAGUCCGUGGACAAGAUGUCGCUCUCCGAGAACUCCUUGAGGAACGACGCCGAGAAGGUGAAGUUCUACACCGGCCUGCCGAACUUCUUCGUCCUGGAGACGGUCAUGUGGCUGCUGGCGCCCCACAUGGACGGCAUGAAGGCCGCCAAGCUCUCCAAGUUCCAGCAGCUGCUGCUGACGCUGAUGCGCCUCCGCCUGGACCUGCGCAACCAGGACCUGGCAUACCGCUUUGGCGUGAAGGUCGGCACGGUGACCAGGACGGUGCACCAGAUGGUCAACAUCAUGUCCUCCACGCUGGUGCCGACGGCCGUCUUCUGGCCCUCCAGGGCCGAGCUGCGGAAGAACCUGCCGGCGGCUCUGCGCGCCUCCCACCCGGACUGCGCCGUCAUCGUGGACUGUUUCAAGGUGCCCUUCGAGGAGCCGGUCUCCCGGGGCAACCAGCAGCAUCAGCAUCGCCAGGGGGCGGGGACGAGCCCCAACGUGUUAAAGUACCUGAUCGGCGUGGCGCCGCAAGGCGUGGUCACCUUCGUCUCCCGCGGCGUGCUGGGAAACGUCAGCGACAAGACGCUGGCGGAGGGCUGCGGCUUCCUGUGCAAGCUCCUCCCCGGAGACGUCGUGCUGGCGAGCCGCGACCUCCACAUCGACGACUCCGUGGCCGCCAGGGGGGCCCUCUUCAACGUCGCCGGCGGCCCCCGGGAGGAGGGAGAGGGAGAGACCUCGCCGCCGGGCGCCGCCUCCCCGGAGACGGCUAGCGUGCAGCGGCACGUGGAGAGGGUGAUCUCCGUGGUGAAGCGGCGGUACGCCAUGCUCACGGGCCCCGUGGAGAGCCCCUUCACCGCCGUCUCGGAGCGCACCUCCAACCUCUCCACCUUCGAUAAGAUCGUGCAGGUCGCUUGUGCCUUAAACAACUUGUGCAUCUCCGCCGCUCCGCUCGAGUGACCUGAGACGCCUUAAGCUCCCUUUACUGCUCGUGACCUUUUGACCUUUUGACCCGAGUCCAGACACCACAUGGCUAAGAUGCAAUAACUUAUGCAACUCCUCUUUUUUUUAUUAUUAUUUAGUCUUUGAAUGACGGACGUACCUUAUUUUUAAUUGUUGUGAUUGUGAAUAUGAGGGCUGUGGACAGCAGCCAAUCGGAUCCUCCCGCCCAUUUCCUGUGGAUCGACAACAGUAAACAACCAAACUUCAAAGAGCUCUCGGACACGAUGAACACGCCUCCCUCCACUUCGCUGCUGUGUGGUGAAACAAGUGGAACCGGAUCAGAUGGACCGGUCCAGUGAUGGUUUAAUUAAAGAUGUCAAUAUUUACCACGACGUUUGUUACAUCUUUUUAGCGUUCUUAUUCUCAUUCGAUACAAAGCUCCAGGUUUAAGCAAAUAACUUACUAACAAUGUUAUGUUUUAUUCAUAUUUUGGAUUUGAUUUCCUUCCGUUCAGUUCUGAUCGAUCGGGUCGUUUGUGUUGGUGAAAACGAACUUUGACCUUCUUUUGUCGCGCUGCCGGUGCCUUAUAAGUAAGUAAUUAUUUUGUAACACUAACUCAUUCUUUCUAAUUACUAAAUCAUUAUUAUUAUUACUCCAUUCUGAGAUUUUUAAUUAUUUUAACUAAUUAUUUUCAGAUUGUAAUGCAUUAUUUUAAGACAUUAAGUCAUUAUUUUGUAAUACUUACUUAUUUUAAAUUACUAUGUCACUAUUCUUAGAUAAUCCAGAUUCUGAGACUCUAAAUCAUUAUUUUUCAGAUUUCUUUACUCAUUAUUUGGAGAUUCUAACUCCAUUAUUUUGAGACGGUAACUCAUUAUUUUCAGAUAGUUUCACAUUAAAAUGACUUCUAGUGUUUUCUUUUCAAUCACAGCUUUAAUGAGCUUCCUCAGAGUGAGAAAUGUCCCUUUUUAAUAUGUAAAUCUCUUCAUCAACUAGUCAUUGUGUAUUAAUUCCAAACCAUGUCCGAUAAUAACACACUUCCAUUAAAAGACACGUUUUGAAAAGUUCUCCCAAUGUGAAGAAACCAGUUUGGAUAUCGAGGUCCGCUCUGGCCGCCCAGCAGGGAAUGUGCCUUCUUUCCUGACUGCUAAUGGGUGUUUGUGCUGGUUCCAUCAUUUAAUUACAUUAUGCAUCUCUUCCUGUACACCAGAGGAUCAGAACAGUUCAUUAUGUUUUCCUGUCUAAAUGUUGUUGUUUUUAAUCAGAUGAUUCUUCUAAACACUCUUCACACCCUGCAGAUGAACUGGUUAACGUGUCCAUGACCUUCAUGUGACCUCUCCGUUCAUCUCCUCGUCCUGCUGCUGGUCUUUAUCGUCCCGGUCGCACGCGUGACCUUCAGAAGGUUCAUUUCCUGUUUGUUUUUCUUUCCUCGCUUCUGUGACUGAAACAUUAAAGUUUGGGGAAAGCAGCGGCGUCGUGUUUACAGGUGUGUUAAGUUUCUGGGUCAAUGAGUUUGUUUAUUAUAAUCUAUAGGAGGAUAAAACGAGACAUUUCUCUCUGUUUAUUUGUUCUAUUUUAUGUGUAGGACUUAUAAAUGUCAGCCGAUGCUGGACACCAAUUCAAGCUGCCACCGAAGGGUUUGUUUUAUGUUUUUCUUUUAUUAAUAAUAAUCGGCUUUUUUACUACAAAAAACCUCCCCAAAAUGUCAGGUUUCAUUGUCAAUGAGAGGAUUGUUUUUCUUUUUCAUUUGAUUUGUUGAUCAAAAUGUGAACUGUUUAUAUAAAAAAAACUUACAAUAGUAAUUAUAGCUGCUGCUAACUAAAACCACAAGAGCAAGUGACGUUAAUCAAUAUACAGUGUUUGGCACGUGUAUUAAAAGCUGUUUGAUUUGUUGAAAAAAUGUGACCAUUUCUAAAAUGAUUUAAAAAAAAUAUUAAUUACAGCUGCUGCGCACUAAAAGAGUGCAUUUUGUUGUUCACGAUAAAUAAAUA